GGUGUCCAGAAGCUAAGUGGCAACCCAGCCUGUCCACUUCACCGGGGAAUCUGUAUUGCAGCAAAGCACGACGAUAAGCCCUGUUGGGUAUCAGCUGUGGCAGAUCCAGACCCUUGGCCAAACGCCAUGCUCUCUUGGCUGCAUCGCCCAUCUCGUUGUCUCGUGAGUAGUGUUUCCUUGGAUGGCACCCAUAUCAUGCAGGGACAACUUGUUACUUGCUACCGGGACCCUUCGUUGACAUGCCCCUUAUCAAUACGCCUCGCGCGUUCACAUUCGGAAACUACGUAUUUAUUCCUACCGGCCGUGAGGUACGGCGCAGUCCAUAAUCCGAUGAUGAUGAUGCUCUUCCUCCCAAUCAACCCGUCUUUGACUUUUACGCCGCUUUGCUAUUCCCGUUUUUGUGAUCACGCUGCUGCACGCCACGGAUCUCACGCCCUUGGCAGCCCAGAUGUCCCGGGAAACAUAUUCCCUACAAGCCCGGCUUGGGCCGAUAAGCUUCGAGACUUUCGGUGGGAAUCCCGAGUAAGAAUAGCGAUCUCGUAUAGGACACAUUCAUAACCUAGCAAGCGCCGCAUAUUCGUGGGUGCUUUGCUCCAAUAGCUCAUCAUGGCUCUUGAUCCGGAUCUGAGAAUUAUCGUCAAUGGUGACAGCGCGAAAGUGUUUCGUCGUGGUGAUAGUGUCACUGGAACGAUUGUACUUGCAGCUGGAGAAGAGGUAGAUGUCAGCUCACUUGUUCUGAGUUUCAUGGGCACAGUUACAACAGUGACGUCCCGGCCGUUCUACCCAAUGAGCAAUAACGCCAACGGGGAGCCAUCUGCACGACAGGUCGGGGAACGCGUGACAUUAUUCAAUCUGGAAUCAGAACUCCUCUCACGAUGUACCCUGGACGACAAGAAACGAAGCUGGACUUUCGAAUUCGAGUUCCCCAGUCUGACUAUCCCCAAAUAUCCGCGAUUCCAUCAUGGCCCCAAAUACUCUAAAGGUCCGCAUCCACUGCCGCCAUCGUUCCAGACAUGUAUCGAUAACUUUGCCGGAUCCGCUACCAUCUCAUACUUUCUCAAGGCGACGUUCAAGAUGGAUGGAACACGGGAGCCAUUGAAGAUAUACCAUGUGCUACCUUACCAUCCCACCCCAGAACAUUUGAAUACAGAAACAAGAAUCGUCUCAAGAGUGUUGUACGCUCAGACGUGGAAGCCGAUAUCUGCUCAGCAUAAAUCCGUCGACAGGGCCUUCUCUAGGUUGACUCGACGGAACGCAACAAAUUCCAAUAGUCCACGUAUAGUGCCGACCGUAUAUUAUCCCGAGAAGACUAUGCCAGGGCAACAUAUUCCGAUUUCACUUUCGCUCGUCGACAAAAACGAGUUACUGGACGCCGAUGAUACUACUCGGGAUCAUUGCGAGCUUGAGUCGGUAAACAUUUCGAUCGGGACACACACCACGUCUAUUUGUGGUCAUCCUGCGUCACAUGCUGAGGAUACUAUGAGCAAAUAUGUCACCUGUAUAGACAGGAAGCAUAUCAAUCAGACAAUCAACUUCGGAGACCGGAUCAAUUUAACACAUAAUUUCCGAUUGGUAGACGACGCAGAAUGUGUGCCGUCUUUCAAAACAUACAUCGUCACUCGAAGCUAUGAUCUCAUAGUUAAGGUCGGAGUUAAGUACAGAGGUCGCGAAUUUGGCAUAUGCAGCAAGACCGCGCUGGAAAUAUUACCUCGCAUACCUUGUAACUUGAUAUCCAAUAGCCCGGGAAGUGAAGAGAUUCAAGACGAUCCGUUGCCCCUGUACACACCAAGGGAGUCGUCCAAGGAGCUUGCACCCGACUAUUUCUCGAUUUAUGGUCAUACCAGAGGUCUUUCCAAUUAUAACUCCAGCUCUGCUUCACUGCCGUCUAGUGAUGGUAGGAGUAGAGGGUCGAGCAUGACUUCUGGUCUUUCGACCCCCGCAUCGGAGCCUGAACAAGCGGUCGUGUAUGCAUGA